UCUGCGCAUGCGCGGGCGCCAUGUUAGGUUCUGGUCGGUAUGCCUAGUUAGGGCUUUUCAUGUGAUAUCUGCCUGGUUUUCCGUUUUCACACAGACUGCGGUCACCGCUGCUCGCGCUGUAACGGUCUGCCGGGGGGAUUCCCGUCCCUGUAUGAAAUGCCCGCUGCUGGAAUCCGCAGCCCCGCCCACCCGUGACGUAACAUGGGAGUUAGCCCAUCAGGAAGUUGCAUACGGGUCACGUGUCCCCAGAGACUUUACCAGCUGUGCAUCCCGGAUAAGGCUGCUUUGUGUCCGAACCGUGAACUGCGGGAGGAUUCCAGGAAGAGCAGCCACGGUUUGUGAUAUGGACUCUGGGGCCAGCAGAAUGGUCCCGGCAAUACCAGUGCCUCCCCGAGAGUACAAGCUGGUAAUGCUGGGUGCCGGGGGUGUUGGAAAGAGUGCCAUGACUAUGCAAUUCAUAAGCCAUAGAUUCCCUGAAGACCACGAUCCUACUAUAGAGGAUGCUUAUAAGAUACGUAUACGGAUUGACGACGAACCUGCCAACUUGGACAUUCUGGACACAGCAGGCCAGGCUGAGUUCACAGCAAUGCGUGAUCAGUACAUGAGAGCCGGAGAAGGCUUUAUCAUCUGCUAUUCCAUCACAGACCGCCGCAGCUUCCACGAGGCACGGGAAUUCAAACAGCUGAUCUAUCGCGUGCGGCGCACUGAUGACACGCCAGUUGUGCUGGUUGGGAACAAGUCAGAUCUAUCUUAUUUGCGGCAGGUCUCCAAGGAAGAAGGCGGUUCUCUAGCACGUGAAUUUAACUGCCCUUUCUUUGAAACGUCUGCUGCUUUCCGUUUUUACAUUGAUGAUGUUUUCCAUGCACUGGUCCGUGAGAUUCGCAGAAAGGAAAGAGACAUAGCGCUAGCAAACGAGCGUAAAUCCAAACCACGUUCCUCCAUCUGGAAACGCUUAAAGUCUCCCUUCAGAAAGAAAAAGGAAUCCAUAACUUGAAAUUACUCCAGCCUUGCAGUGCUGACGGGGGCUUUGGUCCCUCUCCAGCUGGCUUUUCAUCUCUGAAACCCCGUGCCUUGUAGAGUGACUGUGGUUAUUGAUGUUAAUGUUUAUGUAAUGUGAUAUUUGCACUGGACUUACUUAUCCCAAUUUCUAAUUAAUCUGUAUGUGCCUUAAAUACACUCAGGUGUUGACUGGUAAUGCCCCAGGGGCUUCUCGUUGCUUCACCAACACUGAGCUUUUACUAGUUCUCCAUUCACUUACUCUAGUGUUCUCUCCAAGAAGGAAUAUUAAGGGAGGGAGUUAUUAGAUCAUUCUUUAUUCUUUAUGGGCUGCUCCCAUUAUUACUGUUAUGAGGUUUAAAAUGCUAGUAUUUACUCUUGUCUUUUUUAUCUUUGUAAUGAAAGAUACAUCUGUUCCAAUAAUUUCAAAAUACCCCCAUCCAGGGCUCAAAACCAGUUUACUAGAGGUUUCUUGUACCCCCUACUACACUUUAAUGUACAGGCCUAAAAAGUAUUCUCUCCUUUUAAGCCUAGAUGACAGUUGCUAGUGGGUAAAUUUAAAUUUUGGAUCUCUGUCACAACCAUUUCCUUUCUAAUAUAUAAAUGGUUCCGUCAGAAGGCCUGACUAACCGUUUGUUGCAUACAACAAGAACAUAACGUUUUUUUUGUUUUGUUUGUUUUUUAGGAGUUAGACAAAAAAACACUUUCAAACAGGGUUCUUCUGUCUAGUAACACAUUUUGCAGACUUUGCCAGAGCUAUUCACAGUGAGUUUAAACCCUACAAAGUGCAGAUUGUUAGGGUCAUCUUUUAGUCCACUUCAUACAGAGACCUUCUGUGAGGCUACUUGUGAGGGCGAAUCAAAAAUGGUAGCUAUUUAAUAUACAUAACUACUUAUCUACAAGCAAUCUAGCUGAAAGAGAUAUAUUGGGGUUUUUAUUCAAACACUGUCUAACUACAAAUGCCUUCAUUGUUCAAUUAAUUAUUAAAUGUUAAAACCUUUUAGUAUUUUUAUGUGGAAUUUGCACA